UCGAGCUGCAACACCUUCAACACCUUCGAGAGGCUGUCGAGGAUUAGGACAAAAUAAACUGAACACCGACCCAACGGAAAGAUGAGGAACUCUGUGGCCGCUUCUCUGAUCUUCGCGCUGGGGCUAAUCGUUCCCGUCAGCGCGUCGUUUUCUUCCCGUCCUGAGGAUUUGGAGGGAUCGGGAUAUGAAUUGGACAGUUUGGGCUCUGGUUCCGGGGAUUGGUCAGAACAAGAGGAAAUAGAAAACAUCAAGGAUCAACCCAGCAGCAAAGGAACCAGGAAUACUUCCCAUGGCCCUCCGGUCCUGCACUUUGAUGAUGCAUACAAAGGCAGCGGAUCGGGAUUUAUUGUUGUGGCAAACAGCAAAAGUUUCUUGGAGAACAAAGAAAUAUUUGCCGCUGUUAUUGCAGGAGGUGUAGUAGGGGUGGCCUUUGCGGCUACACUGGCAGCACUAUUAAUCUACAUGUGGCAAAAGAAAGAUAACGGAGGAUACAUGCAGGGUCAGCAGAGGACUUCAGGUGGAAUUUAUCACAGACCCAACAUGGAGGUUGUUCGUGUUUAACUUAAAACUUUGUCAAUCAUGUUUGUGUUCGAGGGCCAAUGUCUGGAACUUAGAACUUCUGUAAAUGUGUUAUAUCUUUUUAUGAGGGGGGGGGGGUGGGUGUAACAGCGAUACUUGCACUUCAUGGAAAUGUGCUGCAGCUGUUAAUUGAUAAUUUAUUUAUAUUUUUAAUGAAAUACACGAAGAGUCUUUAUGUACUAACUUUGUCGAAGAUUUGAGUAAUGGUACCUAAUAAUUUUAUUUAUAUAGCACCUUGAAGGAGAUGAAAGCAUUAAUGACUCUGCGGUCAAAAGGAAUAACCUGCUUUUGUGAAUGUCUUAAUUGAGCAAAGCAGAUCUGCCAGACUGAGGACACUGGAGAUCUUAUCUUGAACUUUCCAUUUUUGUAAAAAUGUGCUGUAGUCAGUGGAUGUAUAUGAUCAUAGUUGACUUGUGGUUGUAUGGUUAAAAGAAGUCGGUCAUAGAUGCAAUACGUGAUUUAUUAAUUAUCAAUCCUGUAUGAUGAACUUUGCAAUAUUACUGUUUUUAAGUGGCUUUAUGACAACAUUUUUGUAACAUUUAAAAAAGAAAAAGAUCAGAAGUCACUUUACAUAUACUGUUUUGUGCAGCAAUUACUUGAUAUUUCGUUCUUAUGGAUGACAUUUUGAUGUCACGGUAAGAAAAAUCACAGGUGUAAAUAAUGAAAUGAUUAAUGACUGAAUUGUAUUUAGCUGCUUAGCUUAUGUGGUCGGGUUGUUUUGCCAUUGUUAAAGGGGAACUAGGCACAUUAUCAAAAACAUUCAUGUCAUUUCUCUGGUCUCAGACAAUCCAACAAUUUUAGUGAACAUGAACGACUCGCUCCCAAAUUGAAAACUAGUGUGUUAAAAUUGAAAUAUGUGAUGUCAUGUACAAAAUGUAACUGCUCCAAAGGCAACGCAUUGUGGAAGAUGUUAUAGGUAGCACUGAGAGCACUAAUGGGAUUGUUGUGAGGACUGGCAACCCGACAAUGAAGCUCAUUUGGGAAUACAAAAGAAACACACUUUCUGUGGGUCCACAAAAUCCAUCUCCCAUUAAAUAUCAAUGGAGCAGUUCCAGUCUUUACAAGCUAUUAGAUAACAACUAAAGUUUGAGACUUCUGGCUUUGAGAGAAAGGAUCUUGUGUUCAGAAAUUUUUAGCGAACUUCCCUUGGGCUUGAAAAUAAUGUAUUGUAAUUCUUAAUUUAGGUGGUGUUCCCCUUGAAUUCUAUUGGUAACACUCAUGCCUUUCCUACUAUUAGAAGCCAACAUGUCUGCUGUGAACAGCUCACCCUACGUUACACACCAGGUGUAACCGGCUUUCAAAGCUGUAUGCAGGACUAUAUCAGCUUUUUCUAAAAUCAUAUACAGCCCUGGUUGUACUAAAUAAAUAAUCCAUGUGAUAUGAAAAAUGUAUGAGGAAUUUAGGGGGAAACAAGGGUGUGUGUAAUGGAUGUAAUGAUGAUUGGCUGCUGAAAUACAUAAUUUGAUUCCCGGGCUGCUCAUCCCAAAGUCCAAAGACAUACAAUUUAGGUUAAUUGGUGACUCUAAAGUUUCACGUCGGUGUGGAUGUGAGCCUGAAUGGUUGUCUGUCCCAGUGUCGGCUGGGAUCGGCUGGGAUCAGCCCCCUGGGACCUAGAACAGGAUAAGUGGUUCCGGAUAAUGGAUUGCUAUGUAUAUAUUACAGAAUUUGUAAUACAUUUGCUUUUAAGUUGUACCCCUUAA